AUGACAGUAACUUGUGGCCACAGUGACAGUGGCCAUAAUGACUGGACAUUCAAUAACAUAAUGUCAAAGAGUAUACACAAGGCCAUCCCCCAUUCUCUCUCCCUAACACCAACCAUCUCUCACCUCCUAACCUCAGACAUCUCUCAUCGAUCUCACACUCCUGCAGGACUGACCUUCGAGCUGACGAACCCGGUGAGGGGCGGCGCGUCGUGUCGUCGCGAGGUCCACCUCCUCGACCUGCGGCCGGAGUCCCAGGUGGAGGAGGUGGUGCAGCAGGUGAUGGCUAGCGAGAGGAGCGCAGUGGGUCAACGCCAGCGACUUGAACGUCUGGUGGGCCGCCUGGUGGAGGCCCUCCGUGGCGCCACGCACGGCACCUACGCCAGUGCCACCACUCUCCGUGCCCACAUACUGCCUCUCACCAACGUCGCCCUCAACAAGGAGGCGACGCUGUGCGCCACAGGAAGCUACGACAGGGAGUGCCGUCUGUGGCGGACCGCUGACGGAGGCGCCGAAGCUACUCUCAAGGGCCACACCGACGUGGUUUUCGAUGUCACGUUCAUCGGCAAGCACGAUGAGCUGGUGGCGACGUGCAGCUUUGACGGGACUGUGCGUCUAUGGGAGGCUGGCACAGGGUCAUGCGAGCUGGUGGUGGCAGGGCACGAGGGUCCCGUGGUGGUUGUGGCACCCCUGCCCUCCUCCAGGCACUCUCUCAUCACCGGCGGCAUGGACACCUCCGCCAGGAUAUGGGACCUCAACAUGGGAGAGUGUGCGACGACACUGUCUGGCCACACAGGAGCAGUGGUGGGCGUGGGCGGCGACAGGUCAGGUCACGCCCUCUACACAGCCUCCUUCGACGGCACCGUCAGACUGUGGGACGCCCGCACCCACGAGUGCAGCGGGACGUUGGCGAGGCAUGACGGGGAAGUGAACGGGGCGGGAGUGAGCUGGUGUGGCCACUACCUGGCCUCCUGGGGCACAGACGCCGCCGCCAACAUCUGGGACCUCCGCCACACCCACCACUCUCUCCACACACUCCACCACGACGCCGAGGUGGUGUCUGGAGCGUGGGACAGCUGUGGACGGCAGCUGGUGACAGGUGGUGUUGACAGGACUGCCAACGUCCUACACCUGCCCACCCUCACGCACACACUCCAACUGGACGGUCACAACGGCGAGGUCACCAAGGUGGCCUUCAAUCCGGCGGGGACGAGGAUCAUCACUGCUGGCGAGGACGGCUUCUUGAGGGUGUGGGACGCCCAGGACGGCCGCUGCGUCCAGGAGGAACGAGGACAUGACGAGGAGGUGUUCUCCAUGGCAGUGAGCUACGGAGGUGAGGUCCUCGUGACGGGCAGCCGUGAUAACACCUGUGUCAUCUGGCGCCACGCCCACCACCCUGACCCACCGGAGAAAUAAACAAACACACCUGCAUCACCUGGCGGCUCUCAGAGAAGUAAACAAACACACCUGCAUCACCUGGCGGCUCUCAGAGAAGUAAACAAACACACCUGCAUCACCUGGCGGCUCUCAGAGAAGUAAACAAACACACCUGCAUCACCUGGCGGCUCUCAGAGAAGUAAACAAACACACCUGCAUCACCUGGCGGCUCUCAGAGAAGUAAACAAACACACCUGCAUCACCUGGCGGCUCUCAGAGAAGUAAACAAACACACCUGCAUCACCUGGCGGCUCUCAGAGAAGUAAACAAACACACCUGCAUCACCUGGCGGCUCUCAGAGAAGUAAACAAACACACCUGCAUCACCUGGCGGCUCUCAGAGAAGUAAACAAACACACCUGCAUCACCUGGCGGCUCUCAGAGAAGUAAACAAACACACCUGCAUCACCUGGCGGCUCUCAGAGAAGUAAACAAACACACCUGCAUCACCUGGCGGCUCUCAGAGAAGUAAACAAACACACCUGCAUCACCUGGCGGCUCUCAGAGAAGUAAACAAACACACCUGCAUCACCUGGCGGCUCUCAGAGAAGUAAACAAACACACCUGCAUCACCUGGCGGCUCUCAGAGUGUUAAAUAAACAUACUACCUGAUAA